ACAAGCACCUGUGAUCGACAAUUGUCCUUCGAAUGUAAGGACCAACAACGCUAUGGUAACCUGGACACCAGAACCAACAGCUACUGACGAUGAUGGGACAACUCCUGAAGUAAUCUGUAUUCCAGCCGCUGGCAGUUCAUUUCCAGUCGAUGAGACAACAAAUGUUGUUUGUAACGCGAGUGAUGCUGCUGGAAAUGAGGCCAUCUGCACUUUUAAUGUAACUGUAGAUCAACAAGCACCUGUGAUCGACAAUUGUCCUUCGAAUGUAAGGACCAACAACGCUAUGGUAACCUGGACACCAGAUCCAACAGCUACUGACGAUGAUGGGACAACUCCUGAAGUAAUCUGUAUUCCAGCCGCUGGCAGUUCAUUUCCAGUCGAUGAGACAACAAAUGUUGUUUGUAACGCGAGUGAUGCUGCUGGAAAUGAGGCCAUCUGCACUUUUAAUGUAACUGUAGACCAACAAGCACCUGUGAUCGACAAUUGUCCUUCGAAUGUAAGGACCAACAACGCUAUGGUAACUUGGACACCAGAUCCAACAGCUACUGACGAUGAUGGGACAACUCCUGAAGUAACCUGCAUUCCAGCCGCUGGCAGUUCAUUUCCAGUCGAUGAGACAACAAAUGUUGUUUGUAACGCGAUUGAUGCUGCUGGAAAUGAGGCCAUCUGCACUUUUAAUGUAACUGUAGAUCAACAAGCACCUGUGAUCGACAAUUGUCCUUCGAAUGUAAGGACCAACAACGCUAUGGUAACCUGGACACCAGAUCCUACAGCUACUGACGAUGAUGGUACCACUCCAGAAGUAAUCUGCUUUCCAGCCGCUGGUAGUUCAUUUCCAGUCGAUGAGACCACAAAUGUUGUUUGUAACGCGAGUGAUACUGCUGGAAAUGAGGCCAUCUGCACUUUUAAUGUAACUGUAGAUCAACAAGCACCUGUGAUCGACAAUUGUCCUUCGAAUGUAAGGACCAACAACGCUAUGGUAACCUGGACACCAGAUCCAACAGCUUCUGACGAUGAUGGGACAACUCCUGAAGUAAUGUGUAUUCCAGCCGCUGACCAACAAUGCUAUGGUAACCUGGACACCAGAUCCAACAGCUACUGA